AUGGCGGAGUCUGUCUCACAGGACCUCCCUCAAACUAAACCCCAUAUAAACAGCAACUCUGAACUUAACCCCUUAAGCAACUCACUCCAAGAACUCGAAAAAAGUCUGACAGAAUGUGACACACAGAGUAGCGAGGAAAGCUUGAUAGUAGCCGCCAAAAUCGGAUCCGCUUUACUCCAGGAAAACAACUACUUAAAAAAUGAAAAUCGUAGACUCCAAGACAAACUGAAUAGUCUAGAAGCCAAAGUAGAGGAGUUAGAAAACUGCGAAGGAAAGUAUGUCGCACAUAUGGAAAGGCUCCAAGAAAAGAUAUCCGAGCUCGAAGCACAGUUGACCAAGGAAAAACUGUAUGUGGUUGAAGCACAAACUAUUUUUGAGGACCAUGACGGGAAACAGAUCGAACUUAUUAAAGACUAUGAAAAUAAGAUUGAAGAAUUAGAGAGUAAAAUUAUGACAUUGCAGCAACAGACACCUGAAAAAACUGACAGGAGGCUCAGGACUACAGGAACUCAAACAUUGGCCCCUGACUAUCAAACAAAUAAUACCUUCCCCUCAGUUCUCUUGGAAAUCGGACUCUUAAAAAACAGCCAUAAUGCCAUGGAAGAAAAGUUUAAAAGUCUGGAAGCAAUAAUAAACACCUCCACCCAAACCUCCAUAGAAGUCACCCCUCCACCUGCACCACAAUCCUUGUCAGUGAACUCAGAGAUGCUAAUCCUUAAGAGGAGGCAAGACCAACUGGAGCAACAAAUAUCAGCACUUCUAGACAACACUCACCUUCAUCUAAAUGAGUCUGGAAGAAUCCUACCUACUAACUUUAUAGCAUCUAAAUCUACUCAACAAUGUAAACAUAAAGAUGAUCCUCUAGAUUCUACCCUGAAUAAGUCUACCUCAGGGAACAAAAGGAAAUCAGGAGUUAGACGGGACGCAAAGGGAAAGAACCUAUUUAGUGUCUCUCCAAGCUCAAAAAUAUAA